AUGGGAGUUGAUAAUGGCGAGAUAUAUAUGCAUGACUGUGCAACGAUGCAAACUACCGCUGCCUUUUUUAAUGGCAAUGGACUUCUUUCUUUGGAUGGAAAAGCUCUCUUCAAUUCAACAAUAUUAUCUUUCGAUGUUGGAAAUCUAAGAGUUUCAGAGAACUCACAAGUUCUAGCAGUGAACUUCUCAAUGACAAGUUAUUCUAAAUUUCUUGUCACAAGCAAACAAAUUGAAAUCAAAAUUUCAGCUCAAAAUUUUGAGUGUCAAAACACAAUUCUUGAAAUCGACAGUAAAAGUUUCAUUCAAGCCGAAUAUGUUAAUAUAACUGGUUGUACUUUAAAAUCGCAACAAAGAAGUUAUCACGAUGUCCCACUUUUUAAUGCACAAAAAGUUGUGUUACCAUCCAAAAUAGAGCAACUUGGAAAUUGUGACUUAGUCUUUUCUGACUCGCAAAUAAUUGCAAUUUUACCAAACAAUUCGAAUUACAAAUUUUUGUUUGGAAGAAAAUUACUCAGAUAUGGAGACUCUAACAACAACCGUAUUGCCCAUGUGAUGAAAACUGCUUUAUUACUCCAAUUCAUGAACUUCAUGAAAUUGUAG